UCUGACACACUCAAACACGCACACAUGCCCUCCUCCCCCAUCGCUGCAGUGUCUCAACUGCCUUGGAGCAAACCAGAGAGGAAAUAGAACAGACAAUAAUAAGAGAGACGAGAAAGAGGGGGAUAGAAAGAGAGAGAGUAUGAGUGGAAGAGAGAGUGUGUUAUAGGAGAAUGUUGGACUAAGAGUGGAUUGCACACUGCUUAUCUCUCCCAUGCGAGUGUUUGUCUGCAGUAUCCCUGGUGAACGGACCCUGGACGUUGAAACGGAACGGAGGCUUUCAUUCGCCUGAGACGAGGAAACAGAGCAGAAUAUAGCCCAGAGAGAAGGAGGCAGACAACGCGGGAAGGACUGACGUGGAUGACUGCAGUCACAAAGAUAGGGAAUGGCGACGUGAGAGCCAUGAGGGAGGAGAGCGAGGGGGUUUUGCUACACCUACACAUCAUCCCUGAACACUGUCUCUACUAACACCUCCCUCUCCCUUCCUGCUCCGCAAGCUUCCUAAGGGGGGUAACCCCUGAUAUGACCCCCAGCCCCCGUGGCAUCAGGUAGUCAGCUCCAGGCUCUGUGUGGGCCUCCCAACAUGUCCUGGUAGAGCUCUACGGCAACGCUCGUCGCAAAGCCUGGGAUAAACCCACAGAAGACCAACGGACAUACCCUAGACCACGAGGAUAAUAAAAUACUCUUGAGUCAUUCCUGCUCUGUGGUUCCCAUUUCUCUCUGUGUGCUCUGAGUGGCAGGUUUGAAGGAAAGUGUCUCUCUCUCUUCCCAUCAAGCCCCUGCAGCAUUAAGGAUUCAAACAUAAUCCAAUCCCUGCUCUGACAUACAUUCCUUUUUUCUUUUGCCUAGUCUCUCAUCUCUGCUCUUUUUGAUAUUUCGGAUUAUUUCGGUUUGAUCCCAUACACGCCAUUUUUGCCACCCGGCACGUUCUCUUCUGCGAUCACCACGUUUUCCUCAGUGUUCACCGCGUGGCAGACGACCAUGGGUUGCCGGCAGAGUUCAGAGGAGAAGGAGGCGGCCCGGCGCUCCCGGCGGAUCGACCGCCACCUGCGCUCGGAGAGCCAGCGGCAGCGGCGUGAGAUCAAGCUCCUUCUGCUGGGCACCAGCAACUCUGGCAAGAGCACCAUCGUCAAGCAGAUGAAGAUCAUCCACAGUGGAGGCUUCAAUCUGGACGCCUGCAAGGAGUACAAGCCCCUCAUCCUCUACAACGCUAUUGACUCGCUCACACGCAUCAUCCGCGCCCUCGCCACGCUCAAGAUCGACUUCCACAACCCUGACCGCGCCUAUGACGCCGUGCAGCUCUUCGCCCUGACCGGGCCGGCCGAGAGCAAAGGGGAGAUCACAGCGGAGCUGCAUGGGGUAAUGAAGCGCCUGUGGGAUGACUCAGGGGUGCAGGAGUGCUUCUGCCGCUCCAACGAGUACCACCUGGAGGAUAACACUGCCUACUAUCUGAACGACCUGGACCGCAUCUCCUCCAACGAGUUCAUCCCCACCGUGGAGGACAUCCUGCGCUCCCGCGACAUGACCACGGGCAUCGUGGAGAACAAGUUCACCUUCAAGGAGCUCACCUUCAAGAUGGUAGACGUGGGGGGGCAGCGCUCAGAGAGGAAGAAGUGGAUCCACUGCUUCGAGGGUGUGACCGCCAUCAUUUUCUGUGUGGAGCUAAGCGGCUAUGACCUCAAGCUCUACGAAGACAACCAGACGAGUCGUAUGGCAGAGAGCCUGCGUCUGUUUGACUCCAUCUGCAACAACAACUGGUUCACCAACACCUCACUCAUCCUCUUCCUCAAUAAGAAGGACCUGUUGGCCGAGAAGAUCAAGCGCAUCCCUUUGACCGUGUGCUUCGCCGACUACAGAGGUCAGAACACCUACGAGGAAGCAGCGGUCUACGUGCAGCGGCAGUUCGAAGACCUCAACCGCAACAAGGAGACCAAGGAGAUCUACUCGCACUUCACCUGUGCCACAGACACCAGCAACAUCCAGUUUGUGUUCGAUGCAGUCACAGAUGUGAUCAUCCAGAACAAUCUCAAGUACAUUGGGCUGUGCUAGGACUGGGGAUAGGGUGGGGGGAGAACGGGCUGCUUGGCAGCAGUAGGCCCGCUCGCUACCAGGCACGGUACACACAAGGUCUGCCUGUCUGUCCGUCUCUUUGAGGAAGUGGAAGAAAGAAAAAACCUGCAAGGGGGUUGGGGAUUGUCAGGGACAGGCUAUAGGUUCAACCGACCUGCUUGAAAUGUUAGAUUUGAGGGUCAAAGGUGGGAUCAAGAUGGGAUUCACCCAAGGUCAGCAUAAAUGUGUUUGCACUGAAUAUAUAAGUAUGUAGAGACACACAAACACACAUGUACACACACAUCCUUAUUUUUGCUCACACACAAGGACUUGGGAUCAACUGUCAAGCAUUUGUUUGACAUGGAAACACUGAAAACUGAAGACCGUGUCCCCUACCCUCUGCCUGCCAAACUUGGGAUUGAGCAGUCCGAGUUCUUUACUGUCAGUUUCAAAGUUACAUUUGUCCUUUUAGGUUGUUUGAUUUACCUGAGUCAUUGAAUGCUGCUUUGCGAGAAGAAUUUUGAAAAUCAUUAAUUUCCUUUGGAUUUUUCCCCCUUAAAAGGUGGGUUCACCUGGCAAGGUAAUAGGGAGAUGAUGAGUCACAGAUGUCCUGGGAAUAUCGUACGAGGACAUGACUUACUGUAUAUCACAGGGUUUCCGUCCAUAGGAGAAAACUUCCACAGUCUGAAGCUGAAGUAAAGGGUAUUUAUCUACACACAUUGGAUCUCAUUUUUUGAGGGCUGAAUGGCUCUUCAAGGUUAUUCUGUUGGUCUUUCUUUAUUUGUCAAAACCUGCUUUUUAGAGCAGGUCUCUCUGACUUACCAGGAGAGUGUUUCACGCCAUAGAGUCAUCGAGUGUUCGCUAAGAUCAUUCCAGUUUCCAGCAACAAAGACUUAAAAAAACAGUGCCAAUUUUAGUGUAAAUAAAAACAGAUCCCAUCAAUAAUAUUAUCUUUUGGGUUUUUAUUGACAGAAACCGUAAAACAUGCAUGAUUUUGUUACUUUGGGAUAUUGAUACAUUUUUCUUCAGAUAUGAUUACUUUUAUUUUAGGUUUAACUAAUAUAUUCCCCAAAAACAUAUAUAAAAGUCAAACACUGUGUACGAUUGUACAGCUGUUGUCUAAGAGGAAUAUAUUGAAAAGAGUUCUAUAAAUUGAGAUGAUGAUGAUGAUGGUGAUGACAUCAAUGACAAGCUCAUUACAAACCCAGCAUGAGAACAUAAUGUGGAUGGAGGGAGGAUUAAAGGAGAAAAGUUAAGACUGCAAAAAAUAUGAAUGACAAAAAAACAAACGGUUCAGUUUAACUCUCCUUGCAUUGUCUAUGUGGACGUGGUUAUACAGUGGGUUUGAUGUGUAAAUAUGCUGUAAGGUUCACUGUUAAAACAAAUGAUCAAUAAAAGGUUGAGUUAGAGUGACAGAGAACGUGAAAGAGAGAGAGAGAGAGAGGGAUGAAAGCCCCGCUCUACUCUCCUCCAACCCUCAACUUUUCAGCGAAGAGGAUGAUGUGCAAACUCAGCUAAGGGCUUCAGACUUGACUUUACAGGAUGUCCAGUUAAACAAAAAACAGCCAAUUUAGAAGAACUAUAAAAAAAAAUAAAAAAUAAAAUGAAUUAUGCAAA